AUGGUCCAGAUCGCUCGCUCUUCUCGCACUGUGCUGCUGCUCGUUGCACUCUUUGCACUAGCCUCUCUGCUGGCUCAGCCCGCUUCGGCCGUCCCGGUGCCAGGCAACUCGUACGAGCGCCUCCAGCCUCACAAGACGAUGGGGCAAUUCCUCAGCAAGCCGCUCAAUUCCAGCCCUUGGUCAAAGAUCAAGAAGCUGUUCAACAUCUUCCCGAAGAAGUACUAG